AUUCAGGUCACAUGACGAUGGCAGCAGGAGCAGCACCAGCAUCCCCGCUCAGCUGAAAUAGCCACUGGAGAAGGAGGGGAAGGAGAGGGGGGAGAAGAGGACAGGAAAGAAAGAGAGAGGUAAAAGCAGAGCUUCAUAGCCCACCGCGCUGCACCAGCGUCAGGCUAGAAAACUGAGGGGGAAACCCACCCCCUUGGGAGAGUAAUCGGAGACAAAGGAAGCUUCAUGUUCAAAGGGACUUGAUGUAACCCGCGUAGGGCCCGCUCCUGCAACUGCGCUCACGCACCCAAGCCUUCCCUCCUUCACGCGUGGCAUCGGCAGGGAGCAGGAACACGAGCCCGGGGCCACAUGGGUGAAGGGGCUGGAGCGAAACGUGCUUUUGGAUCGCUGCCUCCAGCUGGAGCAGGACGGUCUUUUGCCAAACGGGAGGAGACCUCCAGGACAGGGAGCAGUUGGAGGGUCUACAGGACGCGCCUAGGAUGCCUGAUGCUACUCCUUGACCAUUCACUAAGAGCUUUAACGAGGUUUCAUGGCAGUGUUAACGUUACUUCAUAUAAAAGAGGCAUUCCCAGCAGACCAGGACCAGUGGAGAGCAAAAACGAGGCAGCCAUGUCUGAACUAGUCCCAGAGCCACGGCAAAAACCAGCUGUGCCAAUGAAACCCAUGGGCAUUAACGCCAACUUGCUGGGCUACAUCGGGAUUGACACCAUCAUUGAGCAGAUGCGCAAGAAGACCAUGAAGACAGGUUUCGACUUCAACAUCAUGGUUGUAGGUCAGAGUGGGCUGGGGAAGUCGACGCUGGUGAACACCCUCUUCAAAUCCCAGGUGAGCCGCAAAUCUUCAGGCUGGAACCGUGAGGAGAAGAUCCCCAAGACAGUGGAGAUCAAAGCCAUCGGGCAUGUCAUUGAAGAAGGUGGUGUCAAGAUGAAGCUGACAGUGAUUGACACCCCAGGAUUUGGGGACCAGAUCAACAAUGAGAACUGCUGGGAACCUAUCGAGAAAUACAUCAAUGAGCAAUAUGAAAAAUUUUUGAAAGAGGAGGUGAAUAUUGCAAGGAAGAAACGAAUUCCAGACACACGAGUGCACUGCUGCCUCUACUUCAUCUCCCCCACAGGCCACUCCCUGCGGCCUUUGGACCUGGAGUUCAUGAAACAUCUCAGCAAGGUAGUGAACAUCAUCCCUGUUAUUGCCAAGGCUGACACCAUGACCUUGGAGGAGAAGACUGAAUUCAAACAAAGAGUGCGCAAAGAGCUAGAAGUAAACGGCAUCGAGUUUUACCCCCAGAAAGAAUUUGAUGAGGACCUGGAGGAUAAAACAGAGAACGACAAAAUCAGGCAGGAAAGCAUGCCAUUCGCAGUAGUGGGCAGUGACAAGGAGUACCAAGUGAACGGCAAAAGAGUCCUGGGCAGAAAAACACCUUGGGGAAUCAUUGAAGUGGAAAACCUCACUCACUGUGAAUUUGCCCUACUUCGAGACUUUGUCAUCAGGACUCACCUUCAAGACUUAAAAGAAGUGACCCACAACAUCCACUAUGAGACCUACAGGGCCAAGCGGCUGAACGACAAUGGAGGGCUGCCUCCCAUGACCGUCGAGACAGAGGAAAACCACGAAAGUAACCUGUGAAUGACCCCUCCCUGCUGUCACCUGGUGUCUCUGGAUAUGACAACCCAUCCCCGUUACCCUUGACUCUACCAUGGGCUUGUCUUUGAAGUAUUUGGCGCAUCCUCUGUGCGUGUGAGAGUAUGUGCGCAUGCGUGUGUGUUUGUGUGUGCCUGUGUGCCAGGAAUGGACCAAAAGCGUCUCCUCUGUCCUUCCCAGUAUGUCCUCAUUCUUGGUUUGUUUUUUGCACGGUGGACUGUCUGUCAUCUUCCUUUUUCUCAUGUUCUGUAGCUCAGAUGUGUGUCUUGCUUGGAGGAAAUAGGGUUGGGGCAUUGAUUUCUGGGGGCAGGAGGGCUCUGGAGGUGGGAGGUAUGGGGUGGGCUGUAGUCCUGUGUUUAUCCCUUGAAGACAUAGCAAGGAGAGACUCAGAGGAUAGAUGGUGCAUUCAGUGCACACACUGUCUUCCAGUGAUGGCAGCAGAGCUUUCUGCUGGGUCCUUGGUGGGUGAAAGGCAGUGGUUGGUCUGAGGGAUGGGGCGGGGGCAGUAUUUUAUCCCCAUUUCUUGCUAUGGCUUCCCAAGGGAAAACAGAAACGUGGACGUGGAUAGAUGGAGGAAGUGACAUAGUGACAUGUUUUGAGGUCCAGGCAGUGACUGAUGGGAGGAGACACAGAAUUAGUUCUUGGGCCUUAGCAUCCAUUUGAGAAGUAUCAAAGUACUUGGGGGAAAUAGCCAUAUUUGCCAAAAAAAAAAAAAAAGCAAAACCAAG